AUGUUCGCUCCGGUCUUCUCGGUAGCUGAGGCUCGAAUUGAAGCUUUGAUUUCUCAAAUUACGCAACGCAUUCGCGUUUCAAGCAACAGUCCAUUUGGAUGGAUGACAUUUAUUGGUACAGAGACGCCCGAAGAUGUUGUUAUCUCAAACGCGAUAGAGGCGAGGUAUAACCCGAAAGAAGUCAUCCUCGGUGAAGCCAGACAGUCUCAGGUGCAUGUGGUCCAUCAUAUCUCGCGCUGA